CAAGAAAAAGUCAAAAGUCCCAGACCUCCAACCAAAUUUGCAGAGACGAAAGGAACUCAAGGAUCCAAAAGCCAUUGCUCCGAUUCAUCCGGUUCCAAAUGCCUCAAAUCACAAGACGCGCCACCAUUCUUGAUUCCCUUGGCGAAGAAAUCGUCAGAAUCAUCAUCCCAGUAUCAGUCUGCAUGUUCUUUGUCGUUCUUCUUGUAUCUGUACUCAACACUGACCCAGAUCCCUCCCCGCCGCCGCUCACCACCAUAGCCACCGCCGCGUACUCCGAGAGCAGCUCAGACUCGGCGUGGGACAAGCUGAAAGGUGCCCUUUUGAAUGCCCUCGUUUUCAUAGCUGUUGUCACUGUCGUGACCUUCAUUCUCCUCUUGAUGUUCUAUUACAGAUUAACCAGUUUCUUGAAAUACUACAUGGGUUUCUCUUCUUUUCUUGUUUUGGCGAUCAUGGGCGGCGAAAUCUCAAUCUUCUUGAUCAAAGAUUUUAGCUUUCCCAUCGAUUUCGUGACGUUUUCCUUAGUUUUGUACAAUUUCACUGUGGUUGGUGUCCUGGCUGUGUUCAUGUCAAAAAUGGCAAUUCUUGUUACACAAGGGUACUUGGUUAUCAUUGGAAUGCUUGUUGCCUAUUGGUUUACACUGUUGCCCGAAUGGACGACGUGGGUGCUUCUCAUUGCAAUGGCAUUGUAUGAUCUUGCUGCAGUUUUGUUGCCUGUUGGGCCUCUGAGGCUAUUGGUUGAGCUUGCAAUCUCAAGAGAUGAAGACAUCCCUGCUCUGGUUUAUGAGGCCAGGCCUGUCCUCAAUCCCCAUUCCAUUCCUAGGGGAACUGUCCUACAAAGGAGGGUAUGGAGAGAAAGACCUGCAACCGAAUCAAACCCAAACUCCGAUUCUAUAUUGGGUUCAUCUCCAAUCAACAGGAACGAUGAGAAUGAGACGAUUACAAUCGCAAGAGACGAUUCUGAACUUGCUGUGCCUUUAAUUCAGCACAUAGUAAAUGUUGACUUGAACUCACAGGAAGGGCCUUGUGAUGGCAUGGCACCUGAAGGAGUCGGGUUAGGCUCGUCCGGUGCAAUUAAAUUGGGAUUGGGAGAUUUCAUUUUCUACAGCGUACUAGUUGGGAGAGCUGCCAUGUAUGACUUCAUGACCGUAUACGCUUGUUACCUCGCAAUCAUUGCCGGUCUUGUGAUUACUCUCAUGCUUCUUGCUUUCUAUCAGAAAGCUUUGCCAGCUCUGCCUGUUUCUGUCAUGCUAGGUCCACAGAGUUGCAGCUUCUGACCAGAGCUCUAGGUUGCCGUCUCGACGCUCACCGUUCAAGUUUCCAGCCACUGCUGCUGUCUAUUUCCGACGAGAUAGGCGGAUCACUUAACACUUGUUUCACAUUCCAUUUAGACCUCGACACAAUUGUGUGAUCACAUCAGGUCAAACAACACUAUCACUCUAUAUACAAGAUUGAAUACACACGUUUGUAUUCACGAUCUGAGCUCAAAAUGUAACGCGUGUGUUUAUAACACAAUUUAAUUAGACAUAAAUAUUCAUUUUUAAUCACUUAUAUUAUAAAUGCAGAAAACAGUUAGGUACCCGUUAAUAUUAUGGCCUUUUUCCAUCCAAAAAAUGUGUACUCUUAGUUUCUAGAGUUGUAACAUACAAAAUACAACCCACUAUGCCCCUAGCUCUGUUAAAAUUACAUUUCCCCCUUUACUUUGCUUUUGUUGCGUCCAAACAGGCCUUCCUCACUACCCACUACCUUUUUGAUAAUGCUGAGAGUAAAUGAUUCUCCACUUCCCACUCCAUAUAAUUCUUUCUAUUCGACCCACGCCAACCAACACUCGGAGUAAAUGCUUGAAUCGACAAAUGCAUGGAGUUGGGGUGGGCUAAUUUGCGAUGCAAUUUGGGAGUGGGAUGAGUUGCAAUUUGAUUCCGGGCUGCGGUGCAAUCUGAGUGAGGUGAUGUAAUGGAACAUCAAGACAGAGGUGAUGCGGUGUAAUCUUCUUUUACAUCAAGACAUAUAGCCAUUCUUUAUUUACUACUCCGCGUAUAUAUUAGCUAUUUAUAAUUGGUUUUGGG